AUUCCAAAUUACACAGAACCUAGCCUCUUCCCCAAAAUCUCCAUUGCUUUGGAAGAAGAAUCACACAAUGGAUCUAGAGAUCGUUGGUCGUCACGCUCUUUUCUUCGACGACGAUUCGAUGGCGACGUUUGUCAACUCCUCGACGGCGCUCGUUGACUGGAACAACCUCUUUAUUGACCGCUACGAUGUUCGUCACCUCCUCUCUUCUCCUCCUCCUCCACGUAUCAAGCGCCGCCGUCCGAUUUCAGAUGACCAUGACUUGGAAUCGGAGCUCGAUCACGAGCGUUACCUUGAUUUGCCGACGGAAUCUCCCUCUCCGUCGGAUGACGAGGACGAUAUGAAUGAAGAUUCAGCAAAUGCAAAUGCCGAUGGUUAUCGUGCUGUCCCCUUUUCAUAUGGAAGCUCCAGUGAUUUCAAUGACCAGAAAAAUGCUGAUAUGGAAUCUGGAUUUCACCCGCCUUUUCCCGUGCCUGAUUAUUUACUUCAAAAUCUGCCUCCAACUGAGAAAUUACAUCAGAUCAUCACUAGAACUUCAAGCUUUGUAAGCAAGCAUGGUGGGCAAUCUGAAAUCGUCUUGAGAGUCAAACAAGGAGGCAACCCAACAUUUGGUUUCUUAAUGCCAGACCACCAUCUUCACCCUUACUUUAGGUUUCUUGUUGACCAUCAAGAGCUUUUGAUAGGAAAGUCGUCUAUAGAAGAGAAAAAGAACGAAAGUGAGAAGGACGGUGGUGCUUUGUCAUUGCUUGGUUCAGUUUAUGGGACCGUAGAAGAUGAAGAUGCCAACGAAGAGUCUGCAAAUGACACUAGAAAAAACGAGUCUGCCAAUGAAGAUGAUGGUGUUAAGGUAGAUGAUUCCUAUAAACCUGAAGGGUUGAAAGGAGCUGCAAAGAUUGCCACAGAGAGAGAUGAAGCCUCUAAGCAUUCUCUGCCUUUGAAUGAUCAAGCAUCUUUCAUAAAAAGAAAUCCUUCUGUCAGUGCAGUAAAUGUUGUAGAGAGGAAGCAGAUCAAUACAGAAGAUAAUGCUACCAAAAAUAUUCUGACGUCUGAUAAGUCGCAAUCUUCUGAAAUGCUGGCACAACCCAAGCUUGAACUGCAGAUUGUGGAGCCGACUACUGAGAUGAAAAGAGUGAUUGAUAAGAUAGUCGACUUCAUCCAAAAGAAUGGGAAAGAACUAGAGGCUACUCUUGUUGCGCAGGAUGUGAAAUAUGGGAUGUUUCCAUUCUUACGUCCAGCUAGCUUAUACCAUGGAUAUUAUCGGAAGGUUCUCCAAGAAGCCGAAGAGUUGAAAUCAUGCGACAAAGGCGUCAUUACCAGAGAGGAAAACGUGAAGCAAAAAAGGAUGGGUGAUGCUGUAAAAGAUGGCAAACCUGCGUUUGGGAGUGUUUUACCAGAUGAUUCUGCCAAGAAAGAGAAACUAAAAAUGGCUAGUGACAAACCAAAGGUCGAGUUACACAAUGAACCAUUUAAGCCUGUCCAACCACAGAUGAGGGUCAAUGUAGAUGCGAAUACUGCUGCUGCUAUUCUUCAAGCGGCUAGAAGAGGCAUAAGGAAUCCCCAGCUGGGGAUUCUAUCUGGCAGACCUAUGGAUGAGACUUCUCAGAGCCUCGAAAAUGAUGAAAGUUACCCUUCAUCUAAGUCCCCUGAUUUGGCGAAGUCUACAGGUCAGUUGAUGUCUUGCUCGACUGCUGCUAGUGAAGCUGAUUUUUCUGAAGCAGGCUUGUCUAAGGAGCAGAAGUUGAAAGCAGAAAGAUUGAAACGUGCAAAAAUGUUUGUGGCCAUGUUAAAACCCGACGCGCAGCCAGUGCAACAAGCUGAACUGUCGCAAAGUGUAUCAGUCGAACUAUUGGACUCCGGGAUAUCUGGAUUAGGUGCUAAUGCUGCCAAAGAAAGAGAAGGUAGCUCAAUUCCAUCUGUAGCUGAGACAAAAUUAGCAGAUGAUGAUAACUGUGAAAGACGAUCAAAGAGGAACUAUCGCUUGAGAUCACAGAGAGAUGAAGAUGAUAAGAUGGAACAAGGAGAAGAAGAAGAGGAAGAGAGCAGCAUGGAUGAAGUUGCAGAAGAAACAAAGACUGGUAAGAAGCAUUCAUCUAGUAGAAAACGGCAUAAACAUAAGACACAAUACUUUUCCAAGGACGGACGUUCUCGGGACAAGCACAAGCAUGAGAGUUCCUCGGAUGAUGAGUAUCACAGUCGUUCACGUCAUAGACAUAGGCGCAGCAAAUCUUCAGAUAGGCAUGAUUCUUCUGAUAACGAGGGUGAGCACCGACACAGAUUUAGUAAUCAUAGCAAAGAUGUUGAUUAUUCUAAGGACAAGCGUAGCCAUUAUCACAGAUCCAGGAAGCACGAUAAGCAUCGUGAUUCCUCUGAUGAUGAACAUCAUCGUCACCGACACAGAUCCAGUAGACGCAAGCACGAGGACUCUUCAGAUGUUGAGCAUGGUCAUCGACACAAGUCAAGUAAACGUAUUAAGAAAAAUGAAAAAACAGUAGAAGAAGAGACUGUUUCAAAGUCAGAUCAGUCUGAUCUUAAAGCUGCUCCUGAUGAUAACAUCAUGUACCCGCAAAACGAACCAACUCAAGUUUCAGAUGAGCUAAGAGCUAAAAUUCGUGCCAUGUUAGCUGAUACCUUGGGAGAUGGUCGAUGAGCAUCUGAAGCAUAAAGGUCAUUCAUAAAGUUUGUCAGGCAGCUCCGUUCCUACGAGAAAAGUUGGAAAAGAACAUAAGUUUAUGUAUUUUCAGAAUACUAUUUUUGCAAAACUAAGCUAUGUAAUUACAUAUACAUUUCCAAAAUUCCUAAUACUUUGAAAGAAUACUUUGAAAUCUCUCUUUGAAA